AGACGGAUGAAUCGAAGAAAUGAGAUCGAUGAAGACCCACUGCUAAUGCUGGACAAGCACACCCAAGUGUAAUUUUUCUGUAGAUCGAUUCCGCUUUAGAGGACACACUAUUAAAGUUUCUAGGCGGCUAGCGCUAGCUCAUGUGGUAGUCAAGUAAUGGGGAUAAUCAUGAUACGCUUGCUUGAUUGAAGCCUACACUCGUUGAGGUGCGUUCCUAUGCACCGUUCUUCGACGUUGCCGAUAGCAUGGAGGCAAGCACUGGUUUCGAUAGCCGCGCGAUGUAGUCUACCUCUAGAGACGCGCGAUGAGAAUAGUAAACCCAAGACCGCACAAGCACUUGCAUUUUCAGGAUAAUUUCAUUUUUGUUCAAUAUCCUCGGUGACAAUCUGAGGCUAACUGUGUUUUCUGUUUACGAGUUCUUGUAUCAGAAGAUGUAUUUUUUGAAACAUAAAUUGUUCUAUUUUCCGCUGACGGGGCUAAGCAGACAUUAUGAUCUGUCUUGGUGUUUCUCGUUUAGUACUGUCUAUUCUGUUUUCCUACUUUCAUCUCUAUACUUAGUUAGAUAGGCAUAGAGAUAGAAACUAUUUUGUAUUUUGGUCAUCGAAAAUGGCGUCCGCGUCUUCUGGCGUGGACCCACCCGGUGGCCGGAAGACGCGUCCGUGGAACAAUAUCUUGGUCGCAGUGCGCUGUCGUAAACUAUUGGAGAGCGAGGCGCGUUGCGGAGGACGCCAGUGUGUGGAAGUGAUCGACAACAAACUCGUUGUUUUGGAAGACCCGCAGAUUACAGCUGCAGAUGACUAUCUGCGCAUCAAUAAAAGCAAAGAAAAGCGUUACACGUUCGACCACGCAUUCGGGGAGAAAGAGGACACCGAGCGUAUCUAUAAUGCCACGGUGCGGCCACUCGUAGAAUCAGUGCUCAGGGGCUUCAACGCCACGGUGUUCGCUUACGGUGGAACCGGUGCGGGAAAAACACACACGAUGAUCGGGUAUUUAAACAAUCAAUAACUAAAUGAGAAGAUAAAUAGGACUGUAGAUGCAGCAAGGACAGGUGCUUUUUUCAUGUUGUGGCUAAAGAAAAGAGUUCAUUGUACUGAACGAACAUGAGUAGAAUUAGAAAUUUCAAUUUCUUAAUUUCCUUGAAGAUAUCACAACGACGCGAGCGGUAGACCAGCGCAUGGUAUGAUGGGUCUGAUUCUUCAAGAUUUAUUUUGUCAAGUGCGACAGCAAGAAGAUAAAGUCUUCGAUAUCAAAUGCAGCUUUCUAGAAGUGUACAACGAGAAUAUUCGCGAUCUCCUGUCAACAAAAAAAGACGAAUACCUCGACCUCCGCGAAGACCCGAUUAAAGGGAUGGCAGUGGCAGGAAUCGAGGAGGUACAUCUAGGUCUUGUACUGGGCAUGAUUUUCAUAUUUGUUCUUCUGUUGUUAUGCGUGUGAUAGAUGGAUUGUGGUUCCGUUAGCGAUAAUGUUGGAACAGCGUCUUGUCUGUUUUGAUGUCCUCGUAAUCAGCAAUUUUAUGCCGAACUUAUCAGAGUAUAGAACAGAUAUCAAAAGAUCUACUUCAACACCUCAUAUUGUCCCAGGUUUCCAAUCUAUCUUCUGCGCAUGAGAUCAUGACAUUAUUGAAGCAAGCGAACCGCAACCGGACGAGUGAACCAACUGCAGCAAACGAGACCAGCUCACGGAGUCACGCUGUGAUGUGCGUAACCGUAGAGCAGCAGGAAAAGACUGCCGGUAUUGGCAAAGUGCUAGAGAUCGGAAAGUUUUCCGUGAUCGACUUGGCAGGUUCUGAGCGUGCGUCCAGUACCGCAAACCGCGGAUUGCGUAUGCUGGAAGGCGCGAAUAUCAAUCGAAGUCUGCUAGCGUUGGGCAAUUGCAUCACUGCGCUUGCCGACCGAUCCGUGAGCCGACUGUCGGAUGGAAACCGGGACAGCAGCUUCGUCCCUUACCGAGACUCGAAACUCACCAGGCUCUUGAAAGGUUUUGAUUUUUAGAACUGUUUUGUCCCGCAAUUAGGCUAGUAGAACUAUAUGGGACAGCAUGACGCUGAUGAACCAAGAACAUGAUCGAGUUUAUCUGAAUAGUUGCACCGUGACAGUUGUAAGAGCAAUGCUGACAUAAUGAAGGUAUUUCACUGAGUUCUCUUGGCAUGAUGAAGGUACUUAAGUACUUUUUUCCACUGUAAAAUACUUCAGAUUCGCUUGGGGGGAAUUGUCGAACCGUAAUGGUCGCCAACAUUUCGCCUUGUCAUCUUAACUACGAGGACACGCAUAAUACACUAAAGUAUGCAAGUCGCGCCAAGAGUAUCAAGACCAAGGUGACCAAGAAUGUGACACGAUACUCGCAUGAUGUUGCACAGUACACCAGCAUUAUUCACGAUCUGCGAACGGAGAUCAGUUCUCUCAAAACAAAUAUCUGCCUAGAAGAUGGUCUGAGCCAUUCGCAAAUAUGUGGCGCGCACAAUCCAAGCACGGUUUUCUCAGAAGAAGUUCAGAGCUGGGAACAAGAGGUACUAAUAGUAACUAUGAAAGAAGAAUUGCUACUUCCUCGAUAAUUUACAAUCCAUUUGUAGAAAUUUGAUAGAUUGAAUGUGUAAGAUUUCAAUGAAACAUGAAUGAUUUUUGAUGUUGAAUAUCACGACGAGAUUACGUACCAGGUUUGCGAGAACAUUGAGGAGCGUGUGCAGAUAAAGCGUUCGUUGCUUGAUCUGAAACACACAGACGCGAAGUGUCUCAUGGCUAAGAGCCGCCUCCAGGUCGCAAUUUCAAGCUGGGAGCAACAGCACAGUCAAUCCGCUACAAUUCUCGGGUGUCCCAUAGCCGAGGAAGGCGCGGAAGAAAAGGUAUGAUUGAAUAAACAUCAUUUCAAUGGUGCUAGUUGACUUAUUGUGAUAAAAGUACUCCCCGGAGUUGUGAUUUGGGUAGUUUAGCUUUAACUAUGAUACCGAGCGAGCACAUGACAAGUUGCACGAAAGUGUUGCCACAUGGUGUGACUCAAAGCAUCAUGAUUAUUUACUUUUAGGAUGUUCAAACAAUGUAGAUUCGGAACGAUCUUCACACUAUGCGCAGGGUGCAGUCGAUGGCGAUGAUAAAGGAAAGUUCAAAAGGCAGAAGACAGGCCCAGUCGUCGAUGAUAUGAGCCCGCCAACUUCAGCGCGUGGCGAGGGACCCCUGAAAAUUGUGGAGAACGUAUCGUUUUUAUGAUUGUGCUUCGUGUCACUGUGCGCUCUAUUCUUCUAACCCAUCAAGUGUUGUUUAUUGCCUUUUUUGUUGGAGUGCAUUUCUAAGUAAAUUCAUUCUCGGGAUUUCUUUAUGUCAGUCAUAGCUUGUUGCUUUUGCAUCAUCGUGCACAUGCUUUUGUUAAAUAACACCAGGACGAGCUUCCAUCAGUGAUUCGCGACUGGCGAAAGCAGCUCCGGCAGUUGAUGAAGCAGAUGCAGCGACACGCAGAGAUCCGGAGUGACCUGGAGCAGAGGCUGGAGAAAAACCAGCAAAAAACACUUGAGCUAGAACAGAAGUUACCAGAAACCGUGGAAUCCUCCGAACUCCGGCAAUUUUUCAGCCUUAUGUACAAAAUCCAGGUGAUGGAGGUGGAGAAUAUGGAAGUCGAGGAAGUAAAUAACAUGACUGACCUGGUAAUCCAGCAGAAAGACCUCGAAGCGGAAAAACUCCGCCUUCAAAUCGCCAUCCGAGACCAAAUGAUUGACGAGCAGUCGGAAAUGAUUAAGUGGACGAACAAAGCGAAGAGUAACGCUGCGAGACCAGAGCAACAACAGCCGCAGGACGAACAAGAUGGUAUAGGACGACCACAACGUCAGGCAGCUGCUACAGCAUCUUCGGACACGACAGCUUCUGCCCUAAUGGAAGAAAGCGCAUUGCGUGCAGAGGAGGACGUUGCCGUGAGGGGUUCCAGCUUGCCUUCAUCUAGCAGCUGGGGUGACGAUGCGGGCAGCGCUCUUUCAGCUCUUGGUGAAGACGCGCGUGAGAGUUUCGUAGUUUCAGACCCGUCGUGGCAGCAAGCGCUUUUACAAGGCGACGUAAAGAUAGUGGCAGAAGAGCCGAGCUUCUCUGCGGAACAACCCUUCGAGCCUGAAGAUCGGGCGAAGCUAGCGGCCGAUCCUGAUCAAGGAGGACAACAUGCCGUUGGAUGUACUGCCAAUGUAAUCGGUAGUGGAGGGCUCCGGCCGAAUGAACAGCGAGGCGGCAGCAGCUCGAGCCGCGGGAGUCCUCCGCCGGAGCUGAAAAAACCCGACGGUUGGCAGGAGAUGGAGGAGCUGGGAGGCUGUAAGUUUUCCUUUACUCCGCGCCGCCUCGAUCCUACGAUUGUUCCCCCUGCGGCUGUGGGAUUGAACAACGUUGGCAGUGCUGUGCGAGGGCGUUCCUCCACAACUUCCUUCGGUAUUGGUGGUCCACGGUCGGCGUCCAAGGAACAUCAGAGCACAAGGGAUCCUUCCUGGGGGCCUAAGUCGGCGUCGAAGGGAAGCACGCGUUCGGCGUCGGGCGGUCGCCGUGGAGGUAGCAGUACGAGUGCGUCUCCACGCCCGCGUGGCACGCACGUUGGAACGUUCAGCACUCUUCAGUCCUCCGGCUUACAGCAGAAAUCAGAGAACCACAUUUUGGAGCAAGAACAGAGCAUAUUGAAUGGAGGAACAGGGGGAGGUGCAGGAGCGACCCGGCCGCAAGAUCUUGGAGGUGCUGCCGCACACCAUGUUGCGGCACCAGGGCAACCUCAAGCCGCGGCCGGUGGCGUUGGCCCUCUCAAUCCAUUGGGGCCUCCGAAAGAGCGUGCAUCUGGACAGACAGCUAAAGUGCUCGACCGCCUUGGCCGCUUGGGGGCGAACGACCGGAAGCGGCAUUACUUGCCCUAUCUCGAGAAGCAGGCGAGCAAAAAGCAGAAGGGACGUAGCCGGAACAACGUCCUGCUCAAGGCCAUAUCUGCGUCCUCUGCUAUUCGAGACAAUCCGGCUGAGCAACGACUAGGAACAAACCACCCGCUGCACCCCUCACCACCUGGUGGUCCAAGCUACCAUACAGACACGGGGGACCCUCAUCCUCCUGAUGAUGCUGAUGAUGGAGGGCGUCGCAGGCAGCGCCCUCGGGCACUAAGAGGCUCUAACCGAUAG